GAGGCGGAAACGUGACGUCGCUCUGUCAGCUGUUCUUGUUUUGCUUCUUUUCCUCUUCUUUUCUUCUGGGAUCUUGCUAACCGAGCGCUAAAAUAACGAGCUAACACUGAAUUUAUACUCACUAAAUCCGCGUCGAGCGCUCUCUCAGCCCACUAACCCCACACGGUCCAUUUAUUCUUCCACAUUGGAGCCGUCUUCCGCCGACAUCGAGCGAAGAGGCGCAGCCGAUCCCAGGCCUCCAAUCCAGGGUGGAUGGAGGACAGGAGGUCGCUGGGAAUCGGGAUGGAGACCGGAGAAGAAGGUGCCGGCGGGCCUGGCGGACCGGACGGACAGGUGUCCCGGUUUGGCUGUGCGUCGUUCAACCAAGACUCCACGUAAGAAAACAGACAGACGAAGUAGAGACAAUACAAGGAAGACUCAAACCCUCAUGAGGUCUCCCUGAAAUCUUACAGAUAUGCUCCCAGAACACAAAGAUCCUGAAUCCUACACACCUCUAUCAGACAGUUAAGAGCUCAAAAAAGCAUGCAUGAUGAUGUUGCAUAGUGGAUCUGUGUAAUAAGGUCUGUUGAGGACAUGGUCGUGCAGAAAUACCAUCUGCAUACAUUAGAGCUACAGUAUCAAUAGCCUAUCAAGCAAACAUGGGACAAGACAAAACAGGACAAAAAUAGUUGAGUGAGCUCGAUUUCUUCACUAAUGUGAGAAUCUAUAAAGUCUCCAAAACACCCCAAACACAUCUGCUGAUUUAACCUGAUCAGGCUAACUGAUGGUGAUAAUAAUAUUAUUAAUAAUAAUAAUAAUAAUAAUAAUAAUAAUAAUUUAAUAACAUCAGCACUUGGAAAUAAAAACAGUUAAAAACAAGGCCUCCAAAUUAAAGGCGAAUUUCAUUCAUCAUAAGGAACCCAGACAAUACAAGAACCCUACAACAUAAAAUGAGACCAUGAGGAGCAAAAUAAAAACAGAAAAUAAGUAAGAGAAAGAAAUGUUAUAAAAAAAAGGGGGGGGGGGGUAGAAAGCAGGAAACAGGAUAGUAAAUAUAAAAAAAUAAGUGAUUUGGAGGGGAGGCAUUUAGGACUAAAUUAAAAUGUUUAUCAAACUUCAGGGUAAACUUUAAGAUAAUUUGACACAAACUCUUGUGCAGUAGUAGCUACAUGCACAAUCCAAACUAUGACAAACAGCUUAGUUAUGCUUUAAACUAUAACUUAGGGUAGUUAACUGAGGAGCUUGCAGCUACAGGCUGACAAAACUACCACUUACAACCUCAUAUAAAACCACAACAUCAAACUAAGUAUGGAGAUAUUAAAGCACUGCAUUAUCUUAGUUUCCAAAACUGAAUAUUUGUAGAUAUGGGUCAGACUCAAAAAAGCUUACCAACCCAGCGUGACAAUAAUUAUGGGUACAUUAAAAGUCUGGUUAAUCCUGCACUGCAGUGAAAACCCUGGUAGUCUGCAGAAAAUCUCUUGAAAGCCUCUUGAGUAUUUGGUGAAUGCAAACUUGAACAACUCACAGCAAAUGACGCCUUCCUCAAAAUGCACAUGCUCACUGUGUUAAGAUCGACUAUAGAUCUAUCAUGCUUCAGUGAUAGAAGGUUAGAGCUAGUUAAGGAUAUCCAGUAUCGUUUUGGUGCAACACUGAAGUUGCUUUAUGUUGACUCAUCCUCACUCAAAAGGAUUUCACACAGACCUACUUACGGCACGUUAAAGUGCUGAGUAAGACAGACACGAGCACAAAGGAUAUUGUGAAAGAAAGGAUUGCAAACAGCGUUUUCUUUCGUGCUAACUUGCCAUCCUACACAUGCAGGCGUAUAAUUUACAGUAGUAGAGAGCACACCCCUUACUUUCAUGCCUUGUCACCAAGAAUAUCCCAACUUGUUCCCAGCUUCUUCUGACCAAAUGAAUAUUUAACUAAAUUGUUAAACAAAUUCACAGAAUAUCAGUGAAAAAAUACCCAUGUUACACUCUUUAUUUGUCGUACUUUGGCAGAGAAAUAUGUUUUAUUUUUUUUCUGCUGUGCAGGUUUCCUCCCGCUCAGAAACAGGAUGAGACAGGACAGGAAUGUAACGGCUCUUUUAGAGGGGAAAAAGAGGCAGAGUGGCCAUUAAGAAAAUAGCAAGUGUUAAAACAAACAGGUUAAAGCCAAAGACAGCCAGGAGAAACAGUGUGAUUCAAAACAUGGGCAGGAAAGGGAAAGUAUGUUUCCAUGACAUAUCGAUGUACUGUUUUCUGAUCAAAUAGGCUUUCAUCAGUGAAAUGUGUUCAUCUCUAUGAACAUUUGGCUUGGAAAGGGUAGAAUAAAGCUGGUUCUUCAGCAUGUUGUGAAUGCUAUCACAAGACAGAGGCCUAAGGUCACUUGUUGCAAGCUCGAGUCAAUGUUCUUCUUUGUGAGAUCCCUGAUUAUAACAUAUUUUUAAUGACAAGUGUCACCACUAGAGGGCACCCUAUAGGAGAAAAUAGAAACGAGGCUAAUGAUGCAGUUUCUCAGCACAUUUAAUGUUUGAUAAAACUGUAAAUUCAUCAUCCUCUUGAUAAUUUAUCUCCUGCCGAUGUUGUCUUAACUGUGUUUUGUGUUUGUUUCUUGCAGGUCAUUGGCUCUGGGAACAAAAGCAGGCUAUAAACUGUUUUCUUUGACCAUGGUGGAAAAACUGGACUGUAUCCACGAGAGUGGUCAGUAUUCAAGUCUUACUCAGUCUAGGUGGCAAAACUUUCAUUCACACGUUUAGUGUAGCGACUGCUUUCCUUCAACAAAAAGGACGCAGGGGUUUCGUUUCACUUGCAUCCAAGGAAACACUCAAAAGUGAUAUGAUGAAAUGAGGUUAAAACAGGAUGAAUGAAACAGUCAAUAGAAAAUUAUUAGAGCUUACUACAAAUCCAUUGUCUGACUACACCGGUGAAAUUUAAAUAACCUGUCAAACAUCCCAAAACCACACCCCUCAGUGAUGAUCCACGGGAGUGACGUACUAAGUAGAAAUCAUACUUUCAACAAAUAUAUUUUGGCUCCUACAUUUGGGAAUUACAUUUUAGUAUUAAAAAAGUUGACACACAUGCUGUAUAUACAGUAUGUCUAUGCCAAACUGGCUCAUCUUGUCACUUCGAGUAUCAAGAGAGCAGAACUAUCUCUGUCUAAGUCAUUGAGCUCCCUUCAUUGCCCUUGUGAAAAACAAGGGGAAAUCUUAUUCGUUGUAUCAAAUGAGCUGUUGUAUUAGCUCAUCAGUCUCAAAAUAACCCAUCUGUUCUGGAUGAGCAACCAGGAAAUGUCACAUCCUCAUCCUCAGGUUACUUAAAAGAACCCUGAGGGAUAAAUUCCAAGAGAAAAGUCAUCUGAAAGUCAAACGGAGGAUAUGUGAUAUCAUAUUCUUGCACGACAAAAACGACAAAACAUUUUAUACAAGCUGACAGAAACUACCCCGACUGAGCUGCAGUUUAGCUCUGGGGGCUGAAAUACAGACUCAGCCGGUAUCUGUUGAAUCAGAGUAUGACCUCAUUACGACGUGAGCUCAACAUAAUUAUGAUGUAUGUCUGUCAACCCCGAACCAGGCUACAUAAAAACCAGGAAAAUGAAAGAGGAUUCUCCAUGUAUAUAAGCAGAGGCAGUGAUUAUCUCUGAAAGAAACCACCAAGUUUCCGCAUACUGGUUCUCACUGAGUCAUUUGAGGUUUUCAAGGCUGUGUUUGCUGUUUUUAGAGAGUUUCCAGCGUCUGUCGUCUGCAGGGCUCAACUUUUGUUCUGCUGCUGACAUCAGUCUGACCUGUUUGGGAGUCCUCUGUGAUGUUUGUUGGAUAGUUUUCAGAAAUUAAUUAAGUUUCCUAAGAUUUGUUCAAACACUUUGGAUGUUGUGUGGGAGUCAAUGUUUGAUAAUAAGUAUAAACACAGUAGAUGUGUGGAAAACAAAGUGUGAAACAGGGAAAUUGAUUCUUCUGACCCCAAACUGAAGUGAAAGUCUGAUUUUUUGUGGUUAAAAUUGUCUUAUUUCUUCUUUUGAGGAGUGGUUUAUGCUUGUUUAGUGUCUGUCUGUUUGCUGCUCCCACCCUGGCAGAGACUCCAGAUGUUUACAUUGUGGAGCGUCUGUUCUCCAGCAGUCUGGUAGUUGUGGUGAGCACCACUAUGCCACAUUGCAUGAACAUCUACCACUUCAAGAAGGGAACAGAGAUCUGCAACUACAGCUACCCCAACAAGAUCCUGGCUGUCAAGUUAAACAGACAGGUGAGCCACCGCAUUUCACCGCCACAAGCUUUAAAUAUCAGCCGGAGUGCGAGUCAUGAUUUGUGAAAUGUCUCACUCUGUCUCUACGUUGAAGUCGCUGUUUUGAAGUGUUACAACCUGAGGUCUGUUGUGUCUUUUCAGAGGCUUGUGGUGUGCCUUGAAGAGUCCAUUUACAUCCACAACAUCAAAGACAUGAAGCUGCUCAAAACUCUGCUGAACACUCCAUCCAACCCCUCAGGUGAGACACUCUGAACAAGAGACUGGACAGGCAGGUGUUUCGGACAAACAAACACACUUUCUGUGGUGUUGUAACAGCCGGACUAACCAACUGAAGACACUUCUGUAGUUUAUUAUCAACAUAGGUCAUAUUGCCUUAGGUUUGGCCAUGAUAUAGAUGUAAAGGAGUAAAUUCAGCUGCCUUUGUUAGAUUUCUGUUUUGCUGAACGUAGGUAAAAUUUAUAUUAUGCUAAACUCUUUAUAGCCACUGUUAAAUGCAGACCCCUGGAUUUUUAGCAGUAGCAUUGGAGCUGAAAAUCUGUAUGGAAACCAGGUCGGCACCUGACACGCACCGCUCAGACAUUGUUUUGGUCUCCCAAUCUCUGCGUCAUUCUGGCACGAGCAGACAUCUUUUCAUCGCCAGCGCUCUAAUUAACUUGCUCUUCACUAUUUGCUCAGCGUAAAACAGCAGACAGACACAGUUAGAGAUCCGCUCACGAUGAAAUAUUAUCACAGCUAGGUAACCAGACAUUUGUCUCAGAGUCCAGCACAGAAGAAAUGUUUGAAUUAUGCUUCUUAGACAAGGCAAAAAGGAUAAGAAAAGAGAACCAGGCUGGUGGAUGAACAUGUCAGAGACUCGCAGAGCAGAAGCGAACAAUUAGCCACGCUCUUUCUACACAAAGACAACCAUGACUCUGACUACGACUGUGACAAAACUUGCCUGAAUGCACUUCAAGAUUCAAGUCACCUUUAAAACAAAUGCACGCUGUGUUUAUUCAGCCUAAAGAGGCUAUUUUUGUAGCAGUGAUGGUGUUGAUACUUGGACCAGUAUUUAAGCAGUAGCUGUCUUGUUUCUACAUCUCAUCCUCCUGCAGGUCUCUGUGCUCUUUCAACCAACCAUUCCAGUUCAUACCUGGCAUACCCUGGCAGUGCCACUAUCGGGGAGAUCAUUGUGUAUGAUGCUAACCAUUUGGUAAGAGACUCGUCCUUCUAUGAUAUUGUCCCUCUGAUAGCGUCUUUGCAGUUUUACAUGAUUUACAGCCUUUAAAUCAGUUGUUGGCUCAGUAAAACUGUAGCGUAUGCCCAUGCUUGACUGAGCCUGGAUCUUCAUUUUCAGCAUUAACUUUUACUCGAAUCUUGCAACACAAAAGGUAGCUGUGACAUCUUAAUAGAUAAAGGUUUUCAGGUUCUUUGGUUACUCAAAUGAAUUUACAGGAACCUGAAGAUGCAGCCGUGUAAAUAACACCAAACUGACCUGAUAUCUACGCAAACUCAAAGGGGCCCAUGGGUGUGUGAUAACAGCUUUUCCUUCUGUCUGUUGUAUCUUCUUUGUGGUUUCAGAACACAGUGACAAUGAUUCCAGCUCACGAUAGUCCUCUUGCAGCUCUCGCCUUCAAUGGCUCAGCAUCCAAACUUGCCAGUGCUUCAGAGAGGGUGAGGAGGACCUUUUCGUUCAUCCACAGCAAGGAUGUUUCAAAAUAUUGCUUAGUUUUUGUUAAAUUUCCUCACAUAUUAAAUUUCUUAUGCUAUUUUGGGGGAUAUUCCUUUGAGAUGUAUAUUCUAAGAUCAUGAAGAAAUAACCUCAGCUUGGGCGAUGUGUUCACCUUUACUUCUAUUGUGCUGCCAGACACGGUUGAGUUUAAGUGGGCUUCUAAAUGUUUAUUUAUUUAUGUAUUUAUUGAACAUUAGAGAUCAUUGCAAGGGAAGUAUGGCAAAAUAUCACCAUAGAAAUCUCCUUUUUUAGGGGAAAAAUGACUGGGAACAUUUCUGUAAACUGUUUCUAGCGUUGACUGAGCGCCUUUGUUUCAGGGCACCGUAAUCCGAGUGUUUUCCAUUCCUGAUGGCCAGCGUUUGUUUGAAUUUCGCCGAGGCAUGAAGAGGUCAGAGUUCUAGCGCAUACAAUGAAAUCUGUAUUUAAGAGUCUUAACUGAGGAGGACUUCACCUACAUUUGUCAUUAUUCCUUCAGACUGGCCUUUUGGGCACUCAGAAUGCAUGCACUUAUGCUUGAAGGCUUUGUAAUACUGUUUGGAUUCAUAACUAUGAAUGCACAAAGGCACUCACAAGCAUCAUAGAGGUCUGAUUGUUCCAUAACUCCAAACUUAAUGAUGAGUCUAUGUCUGAAUUUCUCUCUCUCCCUCUGUAGAUACGUGAACAUACACUCUUUAUCCUUCAGUACUGAUGGUCAGUUCCUCUGUGCAUCCAGCAACACAGAAACAGUACAUAUAUUUAGACUGGAGCAACUUGGACCGAGGUAAGGUACACACACAAACUCUGGAGUGACUGCGUUUUAUUCUUGUAGGUCUUGCCCCUGAAAUAAAUACGGUUUUCUUCUUCUUCUCCUAUCUGCAGUGAAGGCGACGAGGCUGCCACCUGGACAUCCUACGUUGGGAAGAUGUUCUCUGCAGCCACUAGCUACUUCCCUGCUCAGGUAUCUGGCAUGAUGAGCCAGGACCGGGCCUUUGCCACUGUUCACCUCAUGACCUCCUGCCAGAAGAACGUUUGCACCCUGGCUAUGUGAGCUUCUUUUUGAGGUCUUAUAGGCAGGGAGUGCACCUUCGUAUUGCAUGAUAGGUGUUAUUUAUCAGAAGGAGAGGGUUUCACCAGUUGCACGCUACGUAAAUGGCUGUAAAUGUUUCAAGACAACUUAACUGGAUACUCAGUGUGGUGUUUCAGAAUCCAGAAGCUUCUGCGACUGCUGGUUGCAACAGCUGAUGGGGAAUUGUUCAUCUACAACGUGGAUCCACUGGAAGGAGGCGAGUGCAUGCUGGCCCACAAACACAGGUGAGGCAACAAGUAAUUUAACAGGGGUAGAGUAAGUGUGAGGAGGGAAAAGAACGGUUUGAUCACCGGAUUCUUGCCCUCUCCUUUCUUUUAGUCUUUUCGGUGGUGAUGAUGAUAAUGACCACCAGGAAGGAUCAGAGUCAGAGGGUAUAGAGACUGCAGGGCAAACACAGGCCUGUCCAUCCUAUGCUGCAACUGCUGCCUUGCCAGCCUCGGGUCCUGUCACCGCCACCCUCACUGGUAAGUGUUUGCUGACAAUCGUCCACGUACAGUUUGCGUUACAGGAAAGGUUCAACAUUAGGACCCAUCAAAGAACCAAUCAGCUUUCAUUAAAAGAAAGACCAGACUUCUAAUAUUUGUCUAUUCCCUUCACCUUUUUCUACCCAGGUUACUCUGAAGAUGGUGGGGCAAAGAAAGGUGAAGUCAUUCCCGAACACGAGUUCGCUGCUGGACCCGUGUGUCUGGAUGAUGAGAACGAGUUUCCACCUGUGAGCAUCCAGAAACGCUAAUUCUCAGCUGUAACCACCUCUGCCAAGUCAGAUGUAAAUUCAGACACAACAAAGUAUUUAUGCAAAGAGGAAAAAAUGAGAUAGCAAGCGAGCUGACUUUUAACCCCAGUUUAUAGAUGUCUGGCCUACUUUCUGCCUUGUUUUACCAUUUGCAUGCAGCAGCAGUUUCCCUUCAGACGCAUUCAGGGUGUUGUCUCAGUUUUAUUGACCAAGAGAUACUGACAUAUAUAUGUAUAUAUAUAUAUAUAUUCUAAACUGUUUGCUGCUUUGCAAACAGUCUUUUCUAUUACAUGGAAAGGGCUUGUCUUUGCUGCUGUCACUGAUUAUAUGUGGAUUUCCCUUCGGGAAUCAAUAAAGUCAUCUAUAUAUCUAUAUCUAUAUAUUUAUAUAUAGAUGAAGAUAAGCUAUUCAGGCUAUUCGGUUUUUGGUUACACAUAUUGAAUGUCUAAAUGACAACACAGCUAAACUUCUUUCACAAUAUAACCCAUGAAUCAUUGUAUUUCUAGAUAACUGUACCCUGGAAAAGCUUUAUGAAAUCUAAUGGGUCUGUUUGUGUGUUUUGGUAGAUUAAUUGGUGCCGUGAUGGGACUGGAGGAGGCCAGGCGCGGAGCUCAUGAUUGGGUAAAAGGAUGGAUGUAUGUAGACAGACGGUUGCUGGCCAAUGACUUGAACAGCAACACUAAAAAAAACAGUGCCAGGUUAUUUAUUCAUGUAGAGAGAAAAUAACUUUGACUAGAAUUUUUUAAGCUUGAGUGGUGAAUACUGAGCAAAGCGCAGAUGCUCUUUUAUACUUUCAGGGAGAAGAACACUCCGGUCUUUAUGUUAGAUGAUCUGAUUUUGUCACAGCAGCUGUAGUAGCUCUGAAUUUUCUCUAAUCAGGGAGAAAAAAAAAUCAGGGAGUUUAUCUUAACGUGGAGUUCUUAUGAAAGUAUGAGAUGCAUGCUGGAGCACAAACAUAUCCCAUGUAUUAAUAGCUUUAUUUCACGACAAAUUUUACAUUUAAUGCAUUGACGUAGCAACAUUUUAUUUUCCUUUCAAUUUAAUCUUGGUUUACAUGUAUGAAAAACUUUUCUUUGUACUGUAUUUUACUACAUUGUCAUGUGUAACAUGAUUCUGUGUAUGCCUCAUAGAUACUUUUCAGAAGGUGUGUAUGUUUGUCUGUGUCUGUUAUUGUAACAAAGAGCAUUCAUGCUGAGGAGUAUUGUUACUGAACAAUGUUUAUGGGUGUCCAUGGUUACAUAAUUCAGGUCAGGGGUGAAACAUUUCAUGAUUAUAACAGAUAAAGGCAUGCUUAAAAUGUUUCAUAAGCAUAUAUCUGUGUCAUAAGCUGUAUCUAUCACUACACAGUAAUCAUUAAAUGUUGUAACCCUUCUAUACUUUUAUUUGGUACUACAUUACCACGAAAAUCUUAAAUUUAGCUAAACUAGUGUGAAAAUUGAUGAAAUCCAUUUUCAUCAUACAAAAGAGGAUUAGGGCCACAAGAAGAGAAAAAAUAAUAAUUACAGGAGGGAGAUUUUUUUAAUUUCCAUUGCGAGAUUAUUGUCAAAAUUUUGAGAUUGAAGCCGAAAUUAAAAAGAAGGUGAAAUUUCGACUUUAUUCAUAUCGACUUUAAUCUCAAAAUUUAGAUUUUUUUAAUCUUGAAAUUUCAACCAUUUUUUUCAGGACAUUUCAUAAUCUUGAAAUUUUGACUUUAAUUGUGAAAUUUCAAUUUUUAAUCUCAAAAUUUCGACUUUAAUCUCAAAAUUUAGAUUUUUUUUUAAUCUUGAAAUUUCAACAUUUAUUAGGCCAUUUCAUAAUCUCCAAAUUUCGACUUUAAUCUCUUUCCUGUAAUUUUUUUUGCUCUUCAUGUCGCCCUAACCCUCUUUCCUACUUUCAGAACCAAUCACAGCAAGAAUGGCAUUUUUAUCUGCUAAAAAUAGUCUUGCUUCAUGGAGCAUCAGUUAAUAAAUCAGCUACACAGAUUUCCCGGAGUUAGAUGAGCAAACGAUGACAACUGUAUGCAUCUGAAAGCUGUUUUGAGUUGAAAACACAUUUCUAGAUCACAAAUCUAGAAAAUCUUGAUCAACAAACCCAGUAUUGUCAGUCUAAACCCAUGUAAAUACUGUUAAAACUUUUAAUGAGUUUUUUUUCAGGUCGGAUUAUCAGACUACUUUUUUAACAAACAGGCCUACAAAGCUUGCCUGUACAAAUUCCCGUCCCUUUCAAACGCGUCUUAUGUUAUCUGCCUCCAGCAAUCAGGGGCCUGUCGAGUGAAGUCAGAACAGCAUAAAUAUUCUUUAUUGUCAAUUUGAAGUGGACAUUUAUACAUGUUUGUUUGGACACUGGAGGGAACAUGAACUCCACGCACAAAGCUGUCAGCCUCCAGUUUUUCAUGAUUUGAAUGAAAGCAUCUGAAUAAAUGAUAAUGUGCGACCGAGCUCCCAAGGAUAUAAGUGCGAUAAGAUUUCAUCUAAUAAUACAUGGUUGCCAAGGUUUGUAGUCCACCAGUUCACCGAGGGGUCUCACAUAUGGUUUUUCUGUAAUUUCACAACGAGCAACCACAUCCCUGAAAGUCCAGAGACACUUGGACAAGACCUUGAGAAAAGACAGCUGAGGGACACUAAAUCCCAGCUCUGUGUUAUUGUUUUGUAUCAAGUCUUCUCACUGUCUGUUUCCUUUUUCAACACAGCCAUGUAACCACGAGACUGUUCUGAUUAAGUCAUAGCUUAGGGAAACAAUAACAGCCUGCUGGAAUUUCAUCUCUGCAGAGAUAAUAGACGGAGUAAGGAUGACCGACGAUCCCAGGAGAAAGAGAAGAAGGGAAGAUACAAAAGACAAAUCAUAGACAGUGAUUUCUGACUGUUAAACGUCAAGGGUAGAAUAAUAGAGACCCUGUCCCUGAGGGGAAGUCCAAGUGUAAGAAUCAUGGAUGGCGGUUUAUGAACCUGAUCGCUGAGGUGAAUAUUGUCUUUUGAGAUUUUACUGGAACUUAUAAUGAUAAAUGAUGGCUAAAUAAUACAAAUCACACACUGAAAUAUUGUUAAUUUGAAACAAAAAGGAUCUAAGUUGAAAAAGGAAAAUCUCUAUGAAUGCCUCAUGGCAGCCAGAUAAAUUCACUGACACAUUGAA